CAACAGCUAGGUUUAGCAAGCGGAGCUACUAGCUACAACCAAGUAUUUCUAUUAAAGCAGCGUUGGAUUUGAUCGAAGCACAAUAUACAUAGCAAUGGUCGAUGAAGAGCUUUGGUUACACACAGAGUGGCUUGUCCACCAGGAACAUCAAGCACUGCAACACAGAUAACACCUCAAAAACUGAUAAACCAUGAUCCCCAUCACUGAGCUGCGGUACUUUGUGGACACACAGCCGGCCUACCGCAUCCUGAAACCAUGGUGGGAUGUGUUCACCGACUACAUCUCCAUCGUUAUGCUCAUGAUCUCCGUGUUUGGGGGCACGCUGCAGGUCACUCAGGACAAGAUGAUCUGCCUGCCCUGCAAAUGGGUGGAGAACGAGACCUGCAAGAAGAACUUCAAUUCCACCCUCUCCGCGUCGUUGUUCAUGGAGCCCAAAGGGAUCCAGUAUGAUCUGGACCGCCACCAGUACAACUAUGUGGACGCCGUGUGCUAUGAGAAUAGAUUGCACUGGUUUGCCAAGUAUUUUCCGUACCUAGUAUUACUUCACACCCUCAUUUUCCUAGCUUGCAGCAACUUUUGGUUCAAGUUCCCUCGGACUAGUUCCAAACUAGAGCACUUUGUAUCCAUCCUGCUGAAAUGUUUUGACUCUCCGUGGACAACUAGGGCACUGUCAGAGACGGUGGUGGAAGAGAGCGACCCAAAACCAAUGAAAAUGAACGGCUCGAUCGACCACAAGGCAUCUGUUAUCAGUGAGGAUGUGGAAGCGAGUGUCCCGAUGCUCCAAAGGACAAAGACACGCUUCGAGCAGGGCAUCGUGGAUCGAACAGAAACGGGGGUUUUGGACAAGAAAGAGGGCGAGCAGGCAAAAGCCCUGUUUGAAAAAGUCAAGAAGUUCCGUAUACAUGUCGAAGAAGGAGACAUUGUAUACAGACUGUACAUCCGUCAGACUAUUAUCAAAGUCAUCAAGUUUAUUUUCAUAAUCUGCUACACGGGAUAUUACGUGCAUGAUAUUAAAUUCAGUGUUGACUGCUCGGUGAACAUAGAGAGCCUGACGGGUUACAGCGUGUACCGCUGUGCUCACCCGCUGGCUACACUUUUUAAAAUAUUAGCCUGUUUCUACAUUAGCUUAGUGGUGGUGUAUGGCUUGAUCUGCAUGUACACACUUUGCUGGAUGCUCCGGCGCUCUCUGAAGAAGUACUCCUUCGAGUCGAUACGGGAGGAGAGCAGCUACAGUGACAUACCCGAUGUGAAGAACGACUUUGCGUUCAUGAUGCACAUGAUCGAUCAGUACGACCCUCUGUACUCCAAACGCUUCGCCGUGUUCCUCUCCGAAGUUAGCGAAAAUAAGCUGAGGCAGCUCAACCUCAACAACGAGUGGACACUGGACAAGCUGAGGCAGAGGAUUACCAAGAACUCUCAGGAGAAGUUGGAGUUGCACCUCUUCAUGCUGAGCGGCAUUCCAGACACAGUAUUUGACCUGAUGGAGCUGGAGGUCCUUAAACUGGAGCUUAUCCCCGAUAUCACCAUCCCGCCGAUCAUCGCCCAGCUGGUCAACCUGCGAGAGAUGUGGCUCUACCACACGCCGGCCAAAAUCGAGGCUCCCGCAUUGGCUUUUUUGCGUGAGAACCUGAAGUCUCUGCACAUCAAGUUUACCGACAUCAAAGAGAUUCCCUUAUGGAUCUACAGUCUGAAGAACCUGAGUGAGCUUCAUCUAACGGGGAACCUCAGUGCGGAGAACAACCGCUACAUUGUCAUCGAUGGACUCCGGGAGCUCAAGAGGCUCAAAGUUCUUCGUCUGAAGAGCAAUCUUACCAAGCUACCUCAGGUGGUGACUGAUGUGGGCAUGCACCUCCAGAAGCUUUCCGUCAACAACGAAGGCACCAAGCUGAUGGUGCUCAACAGCCUGAAGAAGAUGGUGAACCUGACGGAGCUGGAGCUCAUUCGCUGUGAUCUAGAGCGCAUACCGCACUCCAUCUUCAGCUUGCACAACUUGCAGGAGAUCGAUCUGAAGGACAACAACCUGAAGACCAUCGAGGAGAUCAUAAGCUUCCAGCACCUCCAUCGGCUGGUCUGCCUUAAGCUCUGGUACAACCAGAUCGCCUAUAUUCCCAUCCAGAUUGGCACACUGACCAACCUGGAGAAGCUGUACCUGAACAGAAACAAGAUCGAGAAGAUCCCCAGCCAGUUGUUUUAUUGCCGCAAGCUGCGCUUCUUGGAUCUGAGCCAUAACAACCUGACCUACAUCCCGACAGACAUCGGCUUCCUCCAGAAUAUUCAGUACCUUGCCGUGACAGCCAACAGGAUUGAGAGCCUGCCCAACGAGCUGUUCCAGUGCAAGAAGCUCCGCACUUUGAACUUGGGGAACAAUUGCCUGCAGUCGCUGCCAUCGCGCUUUGGAGAGCUGACCGGGCUAACACAGCUAGAGCUGAGGGGAAACCGUCUGGAGUGUCUGCCCGUGGAGCUGGGCGAGUGCCGACAGCUAAAGAGAACCGGUCUCGUGGUGGAGGAGGACCUCUUCAACACCCUGCCCACGGAGGUCAAGGAACAGUUAUGGAAAACAGACAAAGAGCAGGCUUGAAGAGGUUUCCGUGGCCGUGAGUGAGAACAGCUACUGACCAAUAGGGCCCCGGCACAGGAGCAUAGGAGGUCUACAUUCUCCCACAGGGCUUGUUGAAGCAGGAAGUAGUCCCUGAAAGUGUACCGCCAGUAAGGUUGGGUAUCCAGAACCAGUUCCAGUUGGGCAGAACCAAAUUACUCAUAGCUUCUGGUUGUUCUCCUAAAUCUUAACUGUGCAGUUGAUUGUCCUCUCUUUUGCAAACAACUCCUCAGGCCUUUCCAUUAUAACUUGUUAAUGAUGCUUUUUUUUUAGCAAUAAUGUAGCA